CUGACGGACGUGCUGGGAAGCUUUGAUGUGGCUGCAUCCAUCACGAGUGUGAAUUUGCUCUGGUCCAAUAAUGUGGCUGCUGAGGAGAUGAGCGUCGGUCGCGCGACUGAGCUGUGCGCGUUCACGUGGAACCUAUAAACGGACGUGGCGCGCAGAGCUGUGAGUAGUCGUGGAGAGAGAAGGAGAGGAUAAUCGUGGCAGAGGAUAGUAUCUUUAGCGCAGUGGGACAUAACCUGACACAGAUACAACAGGGAUGCUCAUAAUGCCAUCAUCACAAACUUUUCUGUCUCUCUUCUGUAACACAUAACUGUCCAACUCUGAUGUCUGAGAUGAUAUGUGAGCAAGAGAGUCAAGCCAUGCAGCUGAAUGAGACUGGAGUUCAAACACUGGCUCCAGAGCCAUGUGAGCAGCAGAUACUACAGGAAGACAUCACUGGAAACUGUAGCGGAGGUUCCACCAGCAAUCUGUCGCUGCACUGCUGGCUGCAGCUCCUCACCAAGGAAUCUAUCAUGGAAAUCCAAGGAGACAGCUCCAGUUUGGUGGUGCGUGUGAUGAUAGCUUGUGUCUACUCCAUAGUCUGUGCACUUGGGCUGGUGGGAAACUCACUGGCUCUGUAUCUGCUUCACUCACGUUACAGGCAGAAGCAGUCAUCCAUCAACUGCUUUGUGAUGGGACUGGCCAUCACAGACCUCCAGUUUGUUCUGACUUUACCUUUCUGGGCAGUGGACACGGCCCUGGACUUCCGCUGGCCAUUUGGCCGCGUGAUGUGCAAAAUCAUCAGCUCCGUCACCACCAUGAACAUGUACGCCAGUGUAUACUUCCUCACAGCUAUGAGCGUGGCACGUUAUUACUCUAUCUGCACCGCUCUGAAGAUGCACAGCCGGCGAGCGGCAGCCACGAGAGCCAAAUGGACGAGCUUGGGCAUCUGGGCUGUGUCUCUGCUGGCCACUCUGCCUCAUGCCAUCUACUCCACCAGCGUCCAGGUGUCGGAUGAGGAGCUCUGCCUGGUGCGCUUCCCAGACUCAGGCACCUGGGAUCCACAGCUUCUUUUGGGUCUCUACCAACUGCAAAAGGUCCUCCUAGGCUUCCUCAUUCCUCUCAUCAUAAUCACCGUCUGCUACCUGCUGCUCAUGCGCAUCAUCCUCAGCCGACGCAUCGCAGGCGCAGGGGGCCCAGAGGUGGAGCAGGGCCGGCAGAGACGUCGCUCCAAAGUGACCAAAUCCAUUGUCAUCGUGGUUCUGUCCUUCUUUCUGUGCUGGCUUCCCAACCAGGCGCUGACACUGUGGGGAGUGCUCAUAAAGUUUGACCUUGUGCCCUUCAGCAAGGCCUUCUAUAAUGCACAGGCCUACGCCUUCCCCUUGACUGUGUGUCUGGCACACACCAACAGCUGCCUCAACCCCGUGCUCUACUGCCUAGUUCGCCGGGAGUUUCGGGCAGGUCUCAAGGAGCUUCUCCUGCACGCCACGCCCUCCUUCAGGAGCCUGACUCAUCUGCUGCGUCGUAAGGCCAAAGUGGCUGAAGCACCGCCAGUUCUGGUGCUCGUCCAAAUGGAUGUCUGAGGCUUACUGUGACGGAGGACUCCUUCAACUCCUCCGUAGGAGUGAAUGACUAACUCACAAAGAGUAGUACUAUUGAUCUGGAGUUGUUUACCGUGACGGUGCAUCCUUCUCAAACUUGUCAACAUGUCUUUUUGGGGUUUUGAAAACAACAAAAUCAUAAUGGACUACCCAGUGGGAUGUGCCCCACUUUCACUGCGUGCUCCAAGAUUCACUCCGCACACAUUUCUACUUGUUAUACAAUGACUCUCUCUAUCUCGCCAUGCAGUAUGUCUCUGUUUCUCUCACUCAGCCUCUGACAGGCGAUACCUGUGCUGCUCUCUGGUAAUUUGCCAUGUGUGUAGAUGUCAAUCAUUAUUAAGAUUUGAAUAGCUGCAGCACUCAGACACCUGUCUGAGAUGAGCCUCAAUUAACAUUUGCCACAGCUUUGGCAUCAUGAGUGGGAUUAACCACCGAGUGUCACCAAGUGAUGCAGGAUUUAUUUGGAUAAAAGAAAAGUAAAUCAGAUUGGGUUUUUUUAAAAAAUAAAAACACCCACAAAGAAACAUGAAAAGAAUAUGAGUGAUGAGGAGGUUUCCCAGUGCGUUGGACAGUUGGUGUAUUUGUGUUUGUUAUAUGGUGCAAUUGUCUACAUUGUUUCAUUCAGUAAAAACAAACUGGAAAAUUGAAACCAAAUUAUUUAAAAAGUAGGCUAAUAGUAAACAGUAGUAUCUAAAACACAGCAAAAGAUCAAAGUUAUUGAAAUCGAUGGUGUAUAUCUGUUGAAAACUGAGUAAAUGACAAGGUCAAACACUGUACAGCAGCUGUCUAAUUUAUUUAGAAGCAAAAAAUAGCAUGUGCUGUGUUGUCUUGGGGAAAAGGUUGAUGCCUAUAAUGAAACAAUAAAAGGCAAAGAAAUAAAUACAAGGUUCAGUACAAGCACUUAAAUUAAUUUCCUGUCAUUUUUCAAGGUAAGGCAAUAUACAUCAAAAGGUUCAUUGCAACGAGUGUAGACAGUGAGACGA